UGAAGAAUGUUGUUUAUUCUUCAGUGCUAAUUUUUUCGAAAGUUAUUUUUCUACGAAAAUAUUUAGUUUUCUACUCGUUUUUAAAAUGUAUAGACGUGGGUUUUUUAAUCUGGCGAAAGUCAUCAGGACUUACAGUGUUCAGACUGAAGCAGCAAGAGCAAAGCAGCUACAAGAAGUGGCACUCAAUGAAAAUUGCAUCCUCGUAGAUAUUAAUGACCGUCCUUUGGGCAUGGCAAGCAAGAAGGACUGUCACCGUGUCAGCUUAGAUGGACAUGUGAAGCUUCAUAGAGCUUUUAGUGUAUUUUUAUUUAAUAGCAGUGGAGAUAUGCUGAUUCAACGACGUUCAAAACAUAAAAUUACCUUUCCGGACACCUACACCAAUGCCUGUUGUUCUCAUCCAUUAUACGACAUUGAGGGUGAACGAAAUGAGUUAAAUGCUUUAGGCAUAAGACGAGCAGCUCAGAGAAGACUCAACUAUGAACUGGGCAUUCCGACUACUCAAAUAAGACCAGAAAAUUUCCAUUACAUUACAAGAAUUCAUUAUGAGGAUAUUGGAAAUGGUAUUUGGGGCGAACAUGAAAUUGAUUAUAUACUUAUUUUGCAAAAAGAUGUGGAUAUCAAGCCAAACCCUUCAGAAGUAAGCGAAAUACGAUUCAUUAGAAGGAAUAAUCUAAACAGAGAAAUCUCUUUACUAGAUGCACCACUGACACCUUGGUUUCAACUCAUCCUCAAACACAGACUAAAAAUAUGGUGGGAUAAUUUAAAACAUCUUAAGAAAUUCGAAGAACUUGACAACAUCCAUCGAUUCUGAAGUUUUCAAAAAAAUAUCAUAAACUUUGUAUGGCAAUACUUUAUUUUAUUUUAUCUAGAAUUUAUUGAUAUUGUGUAGUGGUACGGAUAUAUUUUAUACCUGAUGGCAUCGGUACACUGUCUAUACCUUUAGGAAAUAACAUAUUCGCAUAUUGGUCUGUAACCUCAGGAAGAAUCAUUACUUUUUCACCAGGCUUUUCGACGUAAAAAAAGAAUAAUAAAGUUGUUGUGACUAUAUGAGCAUAAAA